AAAUGUAUUUUUUUUCAAUUGAAUGUUCCUUUGUUUAUGUUCAUUUUAAAAAUUAUGAUUCUUGGAUAAAUAUUUUUUCUACCGAUUUCCCCCCAAAUAUACUGAUUUUGCGCAGUCAUUUCUAACGAUAUUGACGCCCUGCCAGGCUUGGUUUGCAAAUCUUCAGAUCCAAUGAUUUUUCAAUAAUGAAAAAAAAUGGGAAGGAUUUCUUUAUAACUUUUUGGUCUCUUUUAGUUUUGCAAAAAAACACAGCAACUUAGAAAAUUUAAAUUAUAGGACUAGAUUUCCUGUAAAUAGCUCCUAAUCGUAAUACCGGGUGAAUACUAUUCUGCAAUCAAAACAUGGAUUCCAAUUAAAAAUUCCGUCCCCUCAUACAGGUGAAGUGAACGGAAGAGGUUUUUAGCAUCAAAACCAUCAAUCUUUUUUUUUCGAAACAUUUUUCUGUAAAAUGUUUUCUUCUCGGGAUUUUUCGAUCGAUUCAACUUAUAUAUAAGUCGCCCACCCAUAUAUUUGAGUUUAAAAUUACAAUACUAGUAAGUUUUUAUAACAAAUUACCGACAAAUAUUGAAACACAGGUUUUGGAGGUGUCCAUACACGUCAAAACGUUAUAUUUUAGGUGAACCCCAGGAUUAAAAAAAUGUUGAAAUCUCGGAAUUUACAAGAUUCACUCAAAAGGGACCCAAUAUCGCUACAUCAGAAUUCAAAACUUUGGUAGAAUCAGCACCUAGUGGACGUAUUGAAAGCGUUGGCAUAAAUUCUUUUAACAAAACCGACAUGUACCGGUCAACUACCAACGUUGGGUUGUGACCAAUCGACCAAUGCUUUUUUCUAAAUCCCCAAUUUGGGGCUAAUCCGGCUAAUGCAGAGGUUGUUAUCCCUGGGCCAGCCCUUUAGGCCUGCUACACACGUGCUUUACACACACCAAAAUAAAAUGACAUCAAAAUAAAGAAAACGUCAAAUUACAAAUGUCAAGUCAUGCGUAAGUUUUUAUUGAUAAAUUGAAUGGUGAAAUCCUAAAUAUUUUAGUGAAUACACAUUUUGCUUUUUCAUACUUGAUAGAUAUGCUAUCAAUGAUGUGGUACCCAUCUGAACCCCACCAAAUCCAAUUUAACUAAAAUGGACAAUUCAUUGGCACAAAAAGCCCAGUAUGAUCACAAAAAAUCCCCUUGCUUACUAAAUUCCAUGGAUCCAACAGAACUGAAGAUCUCAGAAAGAAUAAUGGCGGACAAGCCAACCGAUGCAGAAGAUUUGGAAUCAUUGAAUCUUCAAGAAUCACAUUAUAUCCCUAAAAACAAAUGUAACAGCGUGCACUUCCUCAAUGAUAAUGAGGAAAUUUUGAUUUCAAGCGAAGAACGUUUUUUGAACGUUUUGGAAAUAGAGAAAGGAAAAAAAAUCAAAGUCGUCUCGAUAUUUGGUAAUACGGGUGAGGGAAAAUCACAUACCUUGAACCAUUCUUUUUUCAAUGGUGCAAAUAUUUUCCAAACUUCUCCGUCUCAAACGUCUUGUACCAUUGGUGUUUGGGCGAAAUUCAAUCCUGAAUUGAAUGUUUUGUUCCUGGAUACAGAAGGGUUAUUAGGUAUUUCCAAAAAAGAACAACAAAGAUUACGGCUGCUGUUGAAAGUUUUGGCUGUUUCUGACAUUGUGAUUUAUAGAACUAGAGCUGAAAGAUUGCAAAAAGAUAUGUAUUCCUUCUUAGGAGGUGCUUCUAAGGCUUAUAAAAAUUAUUUCAGCCGCGCUUUCGAAAAAUUCAGAGUAAAAAACGAUAUUGAUACAUCUAUUUCAUUAGGCCCUAGUUUGAUUAUAUUUCACGAGACCAGAUUCACAGAAACCCUUGAUUAUAGUGCAGGUGUAACAGAAUCAGCUGAAGAUAUCAUAAGAACAAAUUUCAAUGAUUUAAGGCUCGAAUAUGAUUCUUUCAGUUCCAUUAAAUAUGUAGGCAUAAGAAAUAAAGAUGCACCUACUAAAUAUAAAAGGCUUCGUAUUGCCGUUCGUAAAGAACUUGAAAGCACAGAAAUAAGGUCACCUAGAGAAGCUAAAUAUAUUUAUUUGAUCAUCAAGAGUUUAAAUCAAAAGUUUCAAAACAAAAUAAAUGAACCUCAGCCAGAUGUUUAUCUUCCUGCAUUCUUUACUUGUCAAGAUAAAUGUAUAUCUUGUCAUACUAGUUGUACCCUAUCAACUGGCCAUAAAGAUGAAGGUGAACCACAUGCUACUUCCAAGAAAUGCGAGUUUCAACACCAAUUCCAAAAUUGUAUUUAUCUUUGCAAGAAAUGCUAUAUGAAAGGAGAGAGAACUGUAGUAACACCAAGCUAUACGUCUGAAACAGAAAGCUCCUGGUCAAGUAUAUUCAAUUACGUUUGGUCAGGCUAUGUGAUUACAUGCAAGAAAUGUGGUGAAAUUUACAGAAGUCGUCAACAUUGGUAUGGUAAUAAAAAUCCUGAAGACAGUGCUGUAAUACCUGAAGUGGUACAUAUUUGGCCUGGGGAUAAAUAUUACUUUCAGGAAAACACACUUCUGGGUUCACAGAAUGCAGCACAAAAAUUUGUGGAUAGUUUUACAAGUAUUUCUGACACAGUUGCUAGCAUAGGAUCCCAACCUACUAAAUUAGUGUCACAGUGGGUAGCAAGUCAGAUAAAUCCUAGUUAUUGGAGGCCUGAUGAAGAUAUAAAGGAAUGUUUCAAUUGCAAAACACCUUUUGAUCCUAUGUCUCAAAAACAUCAUUGUCGGUUAUGUGGCGAAGGCUUUUGCGAUCCUUGUUCCCUAAAAAGAUGCCCUGUACCAUCCCAGGGUUGGACAAAUCCAGUAAGGGUUUGUGAUGAGUGUCACGAGAAAUUGAACUCUCCUGAAUCAUCACAAGAAGUGUCAUCAACAUCAAAUGAUAUUAUAGCAAGGCAGCUCAGUGAAACAUUUAUAAGUUCAAUACAGACUGUCAAAUCGAUUCUAGAUGUACCAAAAGGACUGAUGAAGAAUAUGGCUCGUCCUCUAUAUUGGACACCAGAUGACCAAUGCAUAAAUUGCAGUAAUUGCAUGCGUGAAUUCGGUCCCCAAUUAUUAUUACAUCAUUGUAGGGAAUGUGGUAAAGGUGUAUGCGAUAAUUGCUCACUGAAAAGAAAGCCUGUUCCUUUGAGAGGAUGGGAUUUCCCAGUAAGAGUUUGUGAUAAUUGUGACUGCAAUUAGUUUUUGGGUUUUCUGAGAAAUAAUUUUUCUGUAGAUGAAGGACUGACAUGUUUUCAGUUCAAUUUGGAAAUCAUUUUUAUAUAGGCAUCUUAUCAUUUUAUUUAUGCAUUUUCUAGCACUGUAUUUAUGUGUAUUCCUAUUUUGUUGAUUGGAAGAGAAAUUUGAUAAGAAUAAAAUUUGAAUACUGUGUUAAGAUAAUAAUUUUCUAUUUUUGCAUGAAUAUUUUUACUUCAGUUAUAACAAACAUCUUGGUAUUGUAGAUACUUAAGAAAAAUCUGAUUUUUUUAAUAUGUAGAUCAUCUCAAAACAAUAAAUAUUAUGAAUGAC